AUGACCUUAACUCCUACCGCAAGAUUUCAUAUCAGUUUAGUUAAUAGACGCUGGUACAAAGACAUGUUACAAGGAGUCGAUAUAACAAAUAAUGAAUUCAUACCCAUUUCUUCAAAUGUAUUGAAAUCAACAUCAAAAGUGCAUCUUUUACCAACACAAUUUUUGCAUAACGGAUUUGAUGUUAAUAGAGUUGAAGAAUUUGUGAAUAGUGUUUCAAGUCAAUCGCCUAAUAAAAUAUCUAAAACUAUUUUGAAAAAACGCAAGUUUGGUGAACUUUGGGGAUUAGGAAGAAAAGUAAUGAUCAAUGCAAUUGAGAAUAACAAUGAAGAUAUUUAUCAUGAACUACUUGGGUUUUUUACAUCAAUCCAAAAAAGAACAUCGCAGAGAAUUAUUAAUGAGUUUAGUGAAUUUAACUAUAAUAUUAACAAUAAAGGUUGCAUAAUGGGUAUUCAAAAUCCUAUUGAGAGAAGACCAAAGGGUCAUCCUAAAUCAAAAAGAAUUGUAAAUGCUCUUGAGAAAUUUGAUACAAAAAUGAGUUACAAGUGCAAGUUAUGCAAAAAAAAGGGUCAUAAUAGUCAUGAAGAUAGCAAUAAUGAAGAAUCGUCGACCACAUCUACAAGUCAUGAAUAUAUUCGAGAAAUAUCGGACACAGAAGAAUCUAGUAUUAGUUAA